CCCCUUUCCCUGUGUGGCUGCUCCUCCAGCGAAUAUUUGUGGCCUACCUAAUUGGUAGGUAGUUCAAAGCUGCGCCGACUGCUGCCUCACCCACACAUACCACCACCCACACUGCGCCCGCGCUGGCUUUACCUACGCUCUCCACCUCUCUCAGUCUGGUUCAGUUCCAGACUCUUACACCUUGCCUCGCCUCAACUCAACUGCUUCAUCUCUCGGGGCCGCGCACACCUCCAUCGAGCCGCAGUAUCCUCGCUUUGCAACACCAACGACCCAAAACCUGCCCCAACACUCGUCCAUCCCAUUUCAAUUUAAACCGACAACAUGGCCAACGACGAAUAUGACUUCCUCUUUAAAGUGGUGUUGAUUGGAGACUCGGGCGUCGGAAAGUCCAACCUUCUCAGUCGAUUCACCCGCAAUGAGUUCAACCUCGACUCCAAGUCGACGAUUGGUGUCGAGUUCGCCACUAGAUCCAUCCAAGUCGACUCUAAGACGAUCAAGGCGCAGAUUUGGGAUACCGCCGGCCAGGAGCGCUACCGCGCCAUCACCUCGGCCUACUACAGAGGAGCUGUCGGCGCCCUCCUCGUCUACGACAUCAGCAAGCACCAAACAUACGAGAACGUCACCAGAUGGCUGAAGGAACUGCGGGACCACGCUGAUGCCAAUAUCGUCAUUAUGCUGGUCGGAAACAAGAGCGAUUUGCGCCACCUACGAGCGGUGCCCACAGAGGAGGCCAAGGCUUUCGCCAGCGAGAACCACCUCUCAUUCAUUGAGACAUCUGCCCUCGACGCCAGCAAUGUCGAGCUCGCCUUCCAGAACAUCCUGACCGAGAUCUACCGAAUCGUAUCAAGCAAGGCCCUCGAUUCGGGUGACGGACCCCAAGCCACAAUCGGAGCCGGUCCCGGCAUUUCGCUCACCAAGCCUGCGGACGACAGCGCAGAGAAGAGUGGCAAGUGCUGUUAAGCGACAAACUCCCUUCUGCGCACCUUUUUCACAGCC